AUGGAAACUUCAACACCUUUAAUUGGUAAUUCUUCACAUUCUAGACAUUCACCUUUUUUAACUGGACAUGUAUUUAAUAGUUAUCAUAGUGAAACUCAGAUUAUUAGAUAUAUGAAAAGACUUGAAAACAAAGAUCUCUCACUUGUCCAUUCAAUGAUUCCCCUCGGUUCAUGUACAAUGAAAUUAAAUGCAAGUUGUGAAUUAAUUCCUAUAAGUUGGCCAAAAUUUGCUGAUAUUCACCCAUUUGUACCCACAGAACAAGCAAAAGGAUAUUCUAAAGUAAUCUGGAAUUAG